AUGUUGGUUUCUGGUUUUCUCCUAGCAGGGCUGUUUUACCACAAUCCGCUACUGGCGGUGCCCUUGUUUGGGCUUGUGUGGCUUCUCUACUGGUUGGUAAAGCAUAACUACAAGUUUUGGGAAAUAGAUGGUGUGCCACAUCCGAAACCGUCCCUCUUUACGGGAAACUUGGGCCCUACACUUACGCUGAAGAAACAUAUCUGCGAGCUGGCAAGCGAUUGGUAUAAUGCCUUUCCAGACAAGCCAUUUGUUGGAUACUUUAAAAUUUUCACACCCGCCAUAAUGGUGAGAGACCCGGUGCUAGUGAAGAACAUACUGACACGCGAUUUUGAGUGCUUUGCGAACAAUGAUUUCUUGCUGGACGUUACGCACGAUCCACUGCUGGCGCACGAACCGUUCAUGGUGUCGGGAGAGCGGUGGAAGCGAUCCCGGAGUCUGCUGACGCCAUCGUUCACCGGUGCAAAGAUAAAGCAACUGUUCCCGGUCAUGCAGUCGGUGUCCGAUGCGUUUGUGGCAUUUAUCGGUCGUCAUGUGGCGCGCGAAUUCGAGGCUAAAGAGGUGGCAGCACGCUUUACCACACAGAAUGUGGUCGCCUGUACGUUCAGCAUCGAUGGCGAUUGUUUCUCGGAACGGGAGAGCGAAUUCCGGCGCAUGGGAAGGCGUGUGUUUGAGACGUCCCACAUGGCCACCGUGAAAACAAUGAUGGCCGUGUUUCUUCCUACGAUUGCAAACUGGAUUCCGGUACCCUUUCUGCUAAAGGAGGUGGACCAAUGGAUAAGAUCCCUGGUAGCUAACCUCAUCAUCCAACGUUCGGCAACAGAACUAAAAGACUCCGAGCCGGAAGACUUCCUGCAGUCCUUCCUCAAAAGCAGAGACAAAAAUAAUACAACUCAAACCGAAAUCACUGCCCAAGCACUCACAGUUUUCCUCGAGGGUUUCGAAACAUCGAGCGUGGUUUUAGGAUUCGCCCUAUACCGGCUUGCUAAAAGUCCAGAGGUGCAGCAAAAGCUGCACGACGAAGUAAAGAAGCAAAUCGACACCAACGAGGGCAACCUAGACUUUGAUGUGCUGCUGCAAAUGGAAUAUCUGGAGUGGGUAAUGCUCGAAACGCUACGCAUGCAUCCACCUGCAGCGACGAUGCAUAAAGUCUGCACCAAGAAGUACAUCAUGCGCAAAGGGUUCCGGGACCAGCACGGGAACGAUAUGAGCAUCUAUGUACGCGAAGGGACACCAAUCUUAAUUCCCGUGCUGGCGAUACAUAUGGACCCGAAGUACUAUCCAGAACCGCAAAAGUUCGAUCCCGAACGUUUCAGCCCGGAGCGGAAAGUGACGCAUUCCGGGGCAAUCUUUCUACCGUUUGGUGAAGGGCCACGGAUGUGUUUGGGAAUGCGAUUCGCGCAGGCACAGGUAAAGCUGGCGUUGGCGAAGCUGAUACUAAACUACCGUGUUACGGUUGGUCCGAACGAUAAACCGUUCGCCAUUGAUUCGCGAUCCUUCGUUUACCAAGCCAGGGAUGGGCUGCGAAUUGUGUUUGAAAAGCGAUAA